CGGGUCGCUACGCAAUACGCAUGCGCCUCCCGCGGCGGCGUUGUUGUGCCAUGGCCCGAGAGCUGAUGGGGCCGGCGCUGCCCCCGGGCUUUGCCCGCUGUGCCGAGGCGGACCCGGAUGAGGACUUCAGCCAGGUUGCAGGUCCAGUAUUGCCUCCUGGCUACAAAAAAAGCUCAGAAAUGCAUGACCGUGAUGAAGGCCCCAAGUCUCCUCCUCUGCUCAGAGAAGCAAAUAGAGAUUCUGAAGAGGAGCAGGACACUGAUCCAGUACCCAAGUCAAAAACAGAAAAGAGCUCGGGAAGAUGACGAUGAUGGCUUUUUUGGACCUGCUCUUCCUCCUGGGUUUAAAAAGCAGGAUGAUUCUCCAGAGAGGCCUGUUAUAGGUCCUGCUUUGCCACCUGGUUUUAGGAAGCCUACACAGUAUACUGAGGAUAACAGCUAUUCCAUAGGAUCUUCUAUUUCUUCAGAAUUCCAUACCCAGGCAACAGAUAGUGAGGAAGACGCUGUCAUAGGUCCAAUGCCUGCAAAAGGACCAGUAGAAUCCAAUGUAACUAGAGACUUUGAACGCAGAGCUCAGCGAAUGAAAGAAAAACUUACUUCUUCAGAUGACGAUGGGUCCAAGCAAGUUUCAAGGGAGUCUUGGAUGACUGAGCUUCCACCAGAAUUGAAAGGCUUUGGAUUGGGCCCAAGAACUUUCAAGAGAAGAACAGAUGAGAAAUCAGGAGAUAAGUCAAUUUGGACAGAUACUCCAGCUGACAGAGAGAGGAAAGCCCAAGAAAUGCAAGAGGCAAAGAAGUCAACAAGUAAAGCUGAUGAAGAAAUUGUAUUAUCGGCGAGAGACAAGAGACUGGCUGAGCAGCUAUCUUCAUACAAUGACUCAAAAAGAUCAGAAUCUCUCAUGGAUAUGCAUCAUAAAAAAUUAAAGAGCAAAGCAGCUGAAGAUAAGAAGCCUCAAGAGAGAAGGCCAUUUGACAGAGACCAGGACCUCCAAGUCAAUCGAUUUGACGAAGUUCAAAAGAAAGCCCUGAUAAAGAAAUCCAGAGAGUUAAACACCAGGUUUUCACAUAGCAAAGGAAAUAUGUUUUUAUAAUGGAAAUAUAAAAUUUUCUUUCAGGAUAAAUCUAUUGAACUUGAACAACUUCCAAAAAAAGUACCUUUUUCUGUAAAUAAUACUUGUGUGCAAAAUAAAUUGUUAUGCUUAAAAA